AUGACUGGUGCCGCGAGGAUGAUUCAAAUGCUGCCCUUGUGCGGUUUGCUCGUGUUCCAGUUUUUAUCCUACCGACUGACCACCGCUGAACCUGCUACCAACACGACUCUCGAUGUCACCGCAGUUGAAUACAAUUUUUUUGACCACAACUAUCACUUGAUGGACGAAAAUAACUUGACGAUUUCGGGCAACAAAUCAUUGAUUGUGUUUGUGCAUGGAUUUAGAUCAAGUCCCCGGACUGGCGUUGUAGCAGAUUUGGGAAAAUCGCUGGUGCAGAAUACGGACUCCAAUGUGGUUUUAGUCGAUUGGUCAAAGUGGACCCAGAAAUUGGAUUACGUGGAUGUGGUAUUUCGAUUACCGACAGUUGCUACCUAUCUGGUCGACUGGUUGUACAGUUUGCGUGACCGCGGUAUCGUACAGAGCUUUGACGAUGUCACAUUGAUCGGCCAUAGUUUGGGGGCUCAUUUGAUUGGUUACACAGGCCACAGGUUGAACGGGACAAUCAAGAGAGUUAUAGGUACGUAUGGUAUUUUCGAAAUUUGGUCACGAUUGUACAGGCUGUAA